UGUUCUCAAGAUUUAGUUAUUUUCAUGCUGCGCUUGUUGACAAUAUCGAUAUCGCAAACCCUUGCUCCGCUUAGUAGUCCUGGCGCAUUUAUGAAGUAACCACUGAGGAGACAUUCAUCCUUAUUUAGAUAUUAUGCCUGAUCUAGUCCUGGAUCACAUUCACAUCAUUCGAAUUUCUGGGCACCAGCUUGAUCUUCAACACGCUUCCCAACAAAGUCCUUGAGGUCAUCAAAAGCAGUGGUCAAGGAGCUCGAACAUUAUCAUGGCUAUCUUCAUGCGUAGUGAUAGAGCAGCAAGAGAUACCAACAUACUUUUUAUCCGUUAUUCCGCCAAGCGUAAGAACAAGAAGAGACGGACCGUGACGAAGAUCCUAAUUCCAUUUUUUGACGAUAGUAAUCUUCACAACUACAACCUGAACCAUUGUUCAUGUGAUUUCUGUUUCUCUUCUGCUGCGGCACUGCCAGCCCCGACUCGUUUUGUUGAUCAUGCUCAGGUCCACCUAGUACAAGCAAAAUGAUCUACUUCACGAGCCACAUACUAAUGUCGAAACAAUACAGCGACAACUUGAAGUAUACAUAACGUCAAUAAACUUUACGACCCAUAGCGGUUUUUCGCCGAUGAUUGAGUCACCAUUACCACUAGAAGAUGCCAACCCAGAAGAAAUAAGACGACAAGUACCAUGUAGAACUGGACUAAGUGCCAGCAUAAUUACCAAUGACGACCUAUAGUACCUCCAGACCCUGAGCUCGUUGAAUUAAGUACAAAUUUUCGUUUUCCAUUUAAACACAUCGCAUAACUUUCUUUUUUAUCACGACAAUAUCAUAUCGUCCGGCGACAAAAAAGAUGUCCUCCCACCGGCCCAACAUGAACCCAGCCUCUUCAUCCUCCACCGGCGGCGGCAAGAACGCCGGCGGGAGUAGUGGUGCAGCAGGCCCUUCCUCCGGCGGGACAAACAACAAUAACCCAGCGAACAUCAAUCAGCAGGAACAACAGUUAAAACUCGCGUUCUCCGAGAUUCGGGACGUGCCCACGGGCGCGUUGGGCUUGUUCCGACUGAACCCGGAGCAGUGCGGGUUCAAAAACGUGCUUACGAACAAGAUCCAGUCGUUUUUUUUCCGCGACCUACUGGAGCGGCCGGAGGUGACCCAGGUGUCGGCAUCAAAGUGAAAAAUCCCCCCACUCCAUACUCAACCUAGAAAUUUGUGAUGCAGAUUUGUGGUCACAAAUCAGCUUUGUCAUGCUAGAAGGGAAAAGAUGCGGACUCGAGUGCUGCUUGGCGUGGGAAAGCCUUGCAUCGUCAGCAUGACAGGGGGCAGCUGGAAGUGGGAAACAGCAUGACAAAUUGCCUGCAACCGAGGCCACAGCUGCGUCUCGUCCUGGCCUUCUAGCAUUACAAGUCGAUUUGUGUACUCAGAUACAGCAUCACAAUAUUUCGCUUUCGAUAUGGGGAGGGGGGAUUUUUCGUUUUGAUAGUCGGGCAGGAGCUUUUUGCUGAAGUUCGUCACGAAAAAGAAUAUUUUCCGUUACGAUGGCUUCAAAAAGGAAGACAUCCUGAACAUCGAGAGCAUUUUAAGUAGUCACGUGUUUCAUCGGGAAAUGGUUCACAAAGCGGCGCCGCUACUGGCGGACGAGCUGCUGGCCAAGGAGGACGAAAGUGAUUCCUCCUCGGACGACGAACGCUCCCCCUCCCCAAAGCUGAACAAGCGGAUUGCGGGCCUGAGCAACCGGUUGCUGGCGACGCGCGGGGGGAACUGGGGGGAUUUAGAUCUUCUCGGUGAUGACGAGCUGGAGUACAGUCUUCGGAACGAGAACGACGAGCAGGUGCUGCAUUUGGUCGCGCGGGACGUGUCCCAGGUGACAAACCCCAACCGCAACGAGGUGCACGUCGAGCUGGAAGACCCGUUCGGAUUGGACGAAAACGAAGCGCUCCGCGCCGACCAAGGUAGUUCUCGCACCGGCGCCGAACUUUUGACGGAAGUCCGGUUUUACAUCGAGCCCGAGCGCGGCGACGGGGACCUGGACCCGUAUGACAGUGCACAACUCCCCCUCCCCUCAUUUGUCAUGCAAAAUACCCAAUCCAGCCUUUGCCUCUUGGCACUGUUGGCAUGUAUGACAAAUUCCGGUGGCCCAAAUAGUAAUACACUCCAGUGUAACUUUGUCAUGCAAAACCGGCACUCUUGCUGAUGCUUGUAUUGCCGUUCAUGCUAUACAAAUGAGGGGGAGGUGCGCAUUGUCAUAACCCGGGUGACGACGACGCGAGCAACGUGGGCGGGAGAAAUAAGCGUGGCGGCAACAAGAAGAAAAACGCAAACGAGUUUGAAGACCAGACCCGCGCGGAGAAGCUCCGGUCCGCCAUGAUCACGGGCUUGGAUCUGGAAAUGGACGUGAGCGAGACCGUCUGCGAAGUGCCGGACCUCAAGUGGGCGGUGCCCGCGCUGCGGGGCAGUUUGAAGUUUCACAGCAACGGUUUCAGCCUGCACGGGAAAAGCAGCGACUUCAUGAUUCGCUACAGCACGCUGCGGAAACUGUUCGUAUUACAGGGGCUGCGGAACGACAUGCAUUUAGUGUUUCAGCUCUCCAUGCCGAUUCGCCACGGGUCGCAGGAGCACCACUUCAUCUGCAUGCAGUCCGAGGCGCUGUCGCUCCCGACGCCGGACGCGAUGGAGCUGAACAACAUUAAGGAGGUCGAGCUCAAGAAGCACAACCUGAAUCGCGAGCCCACGACGGGGAAAAGGAGUUUGCUGUUGUACGAGUUUCUCUCCCGUUUAUUCACCAUGCUGUCGGACGUCACGCUCACCCUCGCAUUGGACACCUACAUGUCGGCGCGGGGCGGGAAGUGCGUGAUGUGCAGCCACAAGAGCAACAACGGCAUGAUCUUUCCGCUGAAGAAGGCGAUUUUGUUCAUUCACAAACCGAUUCUGUACAUCAUGUACUCGCGGAUAUUAGCGAUACAGCUGCAGCGGGGAACGGACAUGCACAACAGCAAUCGCUUCCUCGUCAUGUCCGUUGUCACCAAAGACGCCACCUUCGAAUUUACACAGGUAUAAAAAAUAGGAACUGGUGUAGUUGCGGAUUAUUCUUCAUUUGAGUUGUUUCUACUUCUUGGUGGCCUAUCGUGAGGGGACGCGACGACAAAUUGUCUUCACGACAAGUGUGUGAAGAUUCUGUAUCACAACUCUGAUCGCCGUCAAUAGCGCUAGUUUCGUGAAGAUCAUUCAUUCUGAAGGCGGUUGAAGGUAGUUCUUACUGCCUCGCAGCUCCUUCCGAAGUUUUGUACAUUCUUUCUCAGGUCCCGAAAGAGGAGUGUCCACCGCUCCUGGCCGCGCUCAAGGAGCGGGGAGUCAAGGUGCCGGAGCUGCAGAUGCCUGCGAAAUCGAUGGCGAGCGCGGCAGCACGACAGCAGCACGAGGUGCUGGAUGAUAACUCGGAGGACAGCGACUUUGUGCCGGGGGAAGACCCCGAAAGCGAGGAGAUGGACGAGGAUUUGAGUGACGUCGACAUGCGCUCCGAAGACGAGGACUACGAUCCUGGCACCUACGGGACAAAAAAACGAAAGCACUAGGGAGAAGACGAGGUGUUGUAAUUGAGUCGUGGCAGCCACAGCACCUCUUUCUGAUCUUGACAAUGUCAAACAUGUCCUUCUUGAAUAUUGAAUAACUGUUGCGCAACAUAGUCGGGUCUCUGACUGCAAGAACUAUACUGAAUGCACUCAGACGAACCACAAGAACCGAUCACGUUGAAGAAGUGACGUGGCCGUGGUCGCCCGCCA